AUGGACAUCGAGCUGCCGCUGCCGUUCCUCGUCAGCGUCGCCGUCCCGCCGGGACUGGCCAAUCUCGACGGCCUCACCCGCGAGGAGGUCUCGAUUCUCGGCUGCCCCUUCCUCGACGCCAAGCCCCAGCUUAUCGAAAAGUUCGCCAACUUCUUCAAGCGCCACAGCGCCGAGUUCCAAGCCCACCUCGAUGCCACAGCCCUCGAGCAGGACCAAGUCCUUGGCCUCCUCGACCGCGGUGCCAGACGCGUCUUUGUCACGCCCGAGGCGCUCCCGCAGUAUGCGGAACUCGGUGACCGAGUCCUCCCCGUCGUGUCCGCUCCGGAUCUGUCCGCCGCCUCGGAGCACGGCCUGCUGAUCCGCGACUUUGACCCCGAGACCUGGGACGUCACCAAGUUUAUUGCCGACGCCCAGGCCGCCAAGGCCAAGAUUCUCUACAUCAAACCUGCCGACGGUGUCUCGCUUGGGGAUUUCAUCCAGGUUGCCCAAACGAGCAACGCCGUCCCCAUUCUUCCCUCGACUGGUCUGACCACCGACAAGGCCGAUACCAGCAGGCUGCUCCUUUCCAAGGUUCUCUCCAGCCAAUGGAAGUCAGAUCGCCCCGACGGUCUCGUUCCUACUGUGGUGACUGAUGAGACGGGAAUCUCCCUCGGUCUUGCCUACACGAGCGAAGAGAGCAUUCUCGAGGCCUUACGCACGCAGACUGGCGUCUACCAAAGUAGGAAACGGGGUCUCUGGAUCAAGGGCGCCACAUCGGGUGACACGCAAGAGCUCAUUCGCAUUGCGCUCGACUGCGAUAACGACACCCUCAAGUUUGUCGUCAAGCAGAAGGGCCGCUUCUGCCACCUCGAGCAGUUUGGCUGCUUCGGAAACCUUGGCGGCAUCGCAGCCCUCGAGCAGACCCUCGUCUCCCGCAAAGAGUCUGCCCCCGAAGGCUCCUACACAGCCCGCCUCUUCUCAGAUGAAAAGCUACUGCGGGCCAAAAUUAUGGAAGAGGCCGAGGAGCUGUGUGACGCCAAGACGCCGCAGGAGGUCGCCUUUGAGGCUGCCGACUUGAUAUACUUUGCUCUCACCAAGGCUGUUAGCGCUGGUGUAAGCCUGGCAGAUGUCCAGGCCAAUCUGGAUGCCAAGAGCCUCAAGGUCACGAGACGCCCGGGAAAUGCCAAGGGCAAGUGGGCUGAAAAGGAGGGCAUCACAACUCCGGCUGCUGCUCCUCCCUCGGCGCCUGCUCCUGGCCCCAUGGCCGCUCCUCCUACUACCGACCGCAUCCUCAUGCAGCGUGUAGACUCUGCCUCCAUCUCUGGAGCAGACCUGCAGAAGACGCUGCAGCGUCCGUCGCAAAAGUCCCCCGAUGCCAUCCUCAAGAUUGUUGUCCCCAUCAUCGAGGAUGUCCGCAAAGGCGGCGACAAGGCUCUCCUCUCCUACACCCACAAAUUCGAAAAGGCCACAUCCCUUAUGUCUCCCGUUCUCAAGGCUCCUUUCCCUCCUGAGCUCAUGAAGCUUUCCCCCGAGACCAUCAAGGCUAUUGACACCUCCUAUGAGAACAUUCGCAAAUUCCACGCCGCGCAGGCUGAGGACAAGCCCCUCAGCGUAGAAACCAUGCCUGGCGUCGUUUGCGGUCGUUUCUCGCGCCCUAUUGAGCGCGUAGGUCUGUAUGUCCCUGGUGGCACUGCCGUCCUACCCAGCACUGCCCUCAUGCUCGGCGUCCCUGCGAUGGUCGCGGGCUGCGAAAAGAUUGUGCUCGCUUCUCCCCCGCGCUCCGACGGUAGCAUCUCCCCCGAGAUUGUAUACAUUGCCCAAAAGGUCGGUGCCGAGAGCAUCGUCCUCGCCGGCGGUGCGCAAGCCGUCGCUGCCAUGGCCUACGGCACCGAGAGCGUCAGCAAGGUCGACAAGAUCCUCGGCCCUGGCAAUCAGUUCGUCACGGCCGCCAAGAUGCACGUCAGCAACGACACCAACGCCGGUGUCAGCAUUGACAUGCCUGCCGGCCCGUCCGAGGUGCUUGUCGUGGCCGACAAGGACGCCAACCCGGCCUUUGUCGCGUCCGACCUGCUUUCGCAGGCCGAGCACGGUGUCGACAGCCAGGUGAUCCUGCUGACCGUCGACCUUUCCGAGGCGCAGCUCAAGGCCAUCGAGGACGAAGUGCACAACCAGGCCAUGGCCUUGCCCCGUGUCGACAUUGUGCGCGGCGCGAUUAAGCACUCGGUUACGGUCACGGUCAAGACGAUUGAGGACGCCAUGCGCAUCAGCAACGAUUAUGCCCCCGAGCACUUGAUCCUGCAGGUCAAGGAUGCCGCCAAGGUCGUCGACAAGGUCGUCAACGCCGGCAGUGUCUUCAUCGGCGAGUGGACCCCCGAGAGCGUGGGCGACUACUCGGCCGGCGUCAACCAUUCACUACCGACGUACGGCUACGCCAAGCAGUACUCCGGCGUCAACCUUGCCUCCUUCAUGAAGCACAUCACCUGCUCCAACCUCACCAGCCAGGGCCUCCGCAACGUCGGCUCCGCCGUCAUGCAGCUCGCCGGCGUCGAGGAGCUCCACGCCCACAAGCGCGCCGUCGAGAUUCGCCUCCGGUGGCUAGAUGAGCAGCAAAAGCAAUAA